UCGGGAUGGCUUCACUCGACCUCCUUUCUCCUUCUGUCGGUCACACAGCCUCCUUUUUGGCUUGGACGUGUUGGUCGAGUGUAAAAUGGACGGCGGUUGAGCGCGUCUGACUCGAGAUCGCGCAGAAACUCCCAAGAAAUAACCCAGAAAUAGUCGAAAUUAUGCCUUACAACAUUGCUAUGGUCAGUGACUUCUUCUUCCCCCAACCAGGCGGAGUUGAAAGUCACAUCUACCAGCUCUCGACUCUCAUCGACCGCGGUCACAAAGUCAUCAUCAUCACACACGCCUACAAGGGCCGGACCGGGGUGCGAUACUUGACCAACGGGCUCAAAGUAUACCAUGUCCCGUUCUUCGUGAUUCACCGGGAAUCGACCAUGCCGACGGUCUUCUCCUUCUUUCCCAUCUUCAGAAACAUUGUGAUACGCGAGCAGAUCCAGAUUGUGCAUGGUCAUGCGAGCUUGAGCAGCUUCUGCCAUGAAGCCAUUCUUCAUGCGCGCACUAUGGGUCUGCGGACGGUGUUCACAGAUCAUUCACUGUUUGGCUUUGCGGACGCAGCGUCCAUCUUGACCAACAAGCUGCUGAAGUUCAUUCUGAGUGAUGUUGACCAUGUCAUCUGUGUCAGCCAUACAUGCAAAGAAAACACGGUCCUUCGAGCCUCCCUGGACCCGCUGAUGGUGUCCGUGAUUCCCAACGCCGUGGUGGCCGAGAACUUCCGGCCAGCAGAACCGCGAUCGGUAAAGCCCAUCGGCCCCAAUGACACCAUCACGAUCGUUGUCAUCUCCCGCCUCUUCUAUAACAAGGGCACGGAUCUACUCAUCGCGGCUAUCCCGAGGAUCCUCGCGUCGCACCCGAAUGUACGGUUCAUCAUUGCAGGGUCCGGCCCCAAGGCGAUCGACUUGGAGCAAAUGCUGGAGCGCAAUGUGUUGCAAGAUAAAGUUGAAAUGCUGGGGCCGGUUCGGCAUGAGGAGGUUCGAGACGUCAUGGUGCGUGGUCACAUCUACCUCCACCCUAGCUUGACCGAAGCGUUCGGCACCGUCAUCGUCGAGGCAGCCAGCUGUGGGCUCUAUGUGGUGUGCACACGGGUUGGUGGUAUUCCCGAGGUGCUACCUCAGCAUAUGACGACGUUUGCCAAGCCCGAGGAGGACGACAUCGUCCUGGCGACCGGGAAGGCCAUUGCUGCCUUGCGGUCGAAUAAGGUGCGGACAGAUCGCUUCCAUGACCAAGUGAAGAUGAUGUAUUCCUGGACCGAUGUUGCGGAGCGCACAGAGCGAGUUUACCAGGGGAUCUCUGGGGAUAUCAGCCCGGAGGAGUUCUACGGAUACUACCCUGGGGAAGGCCUGGAGGCCAGCGGUGACCGGGUACGCAGCUUUGCGCUGAUUGAUCGACUGAAACGAUACUACGGGUGUGGGGUGUGGGCAGGCAAGCUGUUCUGUUUGUGCGUGGUGAUUGAUUUCCUACUCUACGCGUUCCUGGAGAUGUGGUUCCCGCGGGCGAACAUCGACAUUGCACGCAGCUGGCCCAAAAAGGUGCACCAGCGCAACGAGAACCACUCCCUUGGGAACGAACAGAAGAACGAUCGCGACCGGUUACAUGCAAAUUGAUCGACUCCUCAACCCUUUUCUCAUGAUACCCUUUUAGUUCUAAUAUGGUGCACCUAUCUACGAGUUAUCACAGCGGGCAAGAAGAUACCCUUCAUCAGAAGCAUCGUCG